GUUUCAUUUCCUGUGUUGCCUUCACUUCCGUGUUUAUAGCCGUGAAUAAAAAAAAUCAGCCGGGAAAAUAUUUUAUUUAAAAAAAAAAAAAAUCCUGACCAACUCGAUUAAAACAUAGCAACACAGCAAUCUCCAAGUAAAAACUCCAGGACCCAGAGUCCUUUGCGGUAGUGACUCCAGUGUGUCAGCAUGUGUGUGUGUGUUUGUGGUAUAAGCUCCGCCCACCGCUCCAGUGAACGGGCAGGACUGUCGGCUCCAGUGUUUACGCUGAGAUGCUCACAACAAAGGAGAGAAGUGAGAGAGAGAGAGAGAGACAGUGAAGAAGACUCCGCUGCUCCGUGGGACUCUGGACACCGACUCCUGUCUCCGGCAGCAGGAGGAGGACGCGGAGAAUAAACGCCUUGAAUUACCUUUUUAUUUAAAUUUUUUUUUUUAAAUAUCAUCCAAUUACCAAUUGUCGCGUGUGUGUGGGGGACAAGCACACCCGGAGAGGAAAGGGGAAAUUAGCGACGAAAUUAGAGUGGAGCCGGUGGACGGAGCGGUUAGCCAGCCCUGCUAACAUCAGCAAGUUGGAGAAAGACAAGUCUGGGGACACAGCAGAAGAAGAAGAAGACAAACCCCGGGGACGACGACAGGACAAAAGCCGUCACGUCACAGGCGCUAACGACUCGGCACCGACGGACACAUGAAACAUGAGAGGGUGGAGCUGAAGCUCAGCUGACCCUUGCCCUUCCUCCUUCUCCUCCUCCUCCUCCUCCUCUCCUCUGGAUCGAUACCUCACCCCUCUCUUUUCCACCCUCCCGUCUUCCUCCUCCCUGCUGGAUCGUACUCAUCUUUCCUAUGCUCCUCGUCUGAACCUCGUCCAUCCGCCCAAUGUACUCCCCGGAGCAGGAAAACAUCUCCACCACCACCUCCACCAAAGUGCCAGUGAAGUAUGGAGAGCUCAUUGUGCUGGGGUACAACGGCUCUCUGCCCAACGGGGACAGAGGUCGACGUAAAAGCAGAUUUGCACUUUGUAAGAGACCCAAGGCCAAUGGGGUGACCCCCAGCACGGUGCACGUGGCCUGUUCUCCACAGGCAGCCAAGGCCAUCAGUAAUAAAGACCAGCACAGCAUCUCAUACACUCUGUCCCGAGCUCAGACGGUGGUGGUGGAGUACACACACGACAGCAACACCGACAUGUUCCAGAUCGGUCGAUCCACAGAAAGUCCCAAUGACUUCGUGGUGACAGACACGGUUCCUGGCAGCCAGAGUAACGCAGACACCCAGUCUGUCCAGAGCACCAUCUCCCGCUUCGCCUGUCGCAUCAUCUGUCAGCGCACGCCGCCUUACACUGCACGCAUCUACGCCGCAGGGUUCGACUCCUCCAAGAACAUCUUCCUCGGGGAGAAAGCUGCGAAGUGGAAGACGUGUGACGGUCAGAUGGACGGACUGACCACCAACGGGGUCCUGGUCAUGCAUCCUCGGAACGGAUUCAGCCAGGACUCCAAACCGGGCGUCUGGAGGGAGAUCUCUGUCUGUGGCAACGUCUUCACUCUGAGGGAAACACGCUCGGCGCAGCAGCGAGGGAAGAUGGUGGAAAAUGAGAGUCAGGAGCUGGUGGACGGUUCCCUCGUCGACCUCUGCGGAGCCACGCUGCUGUGGCGCACCGCCGAAGGCCUGUCACGCACUCCCACCCUCAAACACUUGGAGGCGCUGCGCCAGGAGAUCAACGCUGCCCGCCCUCAGUGUCCCGUGGGCUUCAACACAUUGGCGUUCCCCUCGAUGCGGCGGAAGGACACGCCGGACGAGAAGCAGCCGUGGGUUUACCUCCAGUGUGGCCACGUGCACGGAUACCACAACUGGGGCAACCACCGGGAGGAGCGGGAGGGCAGGGAGGGGGCGCAGNNNGGGUGCCCCAUGUGUCGGGCCAAAGGGCCGUACGUGCCGCUGUGGUUGGGCUGUGAGUCGGGCUUUUACGUGGACGCAGCGCCCCCUACUCACGCCUUUAAUCCCUGCGGCCACGUUUCCUCGGAGAAGACGGCGGGAUUCUGGAGUCAGAUCCCACUCCCCCACGGCACGCACACCUUCCACGCUGCCUGUCCCUUCUGUGCCCAGCAGCUGAACGGGGAGCAGGGCUUCGUCAGACUCAUCUUCCAGGGACCGCUGGACUAACACACCUGGGGGAGGGGGAAUUAUUGGAGGAUGAGGACGAAGAUGGACCUCUUCACCUCUUCCUCCAGAUGAGACUCAGAACUUUCUUAUGGACCUUGUUUUUUUUUUUUGUCUUCUCUCCCUGAUUUUUAAGUGACCUUUGUAUUGCUUUUUUUUCAUGAAUGACGACAAAGAUAAAGAUCUAUAUUUUCACACACACACACACACAUUCACACACACGCACACACACACCAAACACAGACCAGAGCUGAGUUUAAAUCUGUGUCUUUAAUAAAUGACUUUUCACAACAGUAUUUAUCUAAACGUCCAGCAGGUGGCGGUGCGGACGAAUGGUUUUUAUUCAGGCGGUGAAUGUUGCAGUACUCCUCCGUGUACAUGUCUCUGAGCUAAUUUAAAACAAAGAGCUUUUAUUUAUGGUCCAGGAA